GUGAAGAUCGAAAGGUACAGAUUUGCUGUUAGUCUACGCGUUUACGGUUACCAUUCCUGUGGUGCCAGCAUAAUCACUCAUUCGCAUGCCUUAACUGCCGCCAAAUGUGUGUUUGAGUUUAAGGAUUAUCCUUCAUAUGUGAAUAUAUACGCAGGUAGCACAUACAUGCGGUCUGGAGGAAUUUUAAUCUCGGUGAUUAAAAUAGCCAUUCAUCCAAACUAUGACGGUUUAACUUUUUAUCCAUCCGAUUCUGAUGUGUCCGUUCUAACUGUACCAACGAAUGCCUUCCAAGGUAACUCUAAUAUAGCUCCGAUUGCCAUUCACACAUCCGAAGUACCAGCCGGUACUCGAUGCUAUGUGGUUGGAUGGGGUCAAACGAACACUAGCGCAUAUUCGGAUUCAAACGAAUUGCGUUACGCCAGCAUGAACAUAGUCUCGCAGAGUAUCUGCAUCGGAUUCUGGGUAUUUAUGCCCAAUGCGCAUAAAUUAAGCUGUAUCAGGUACUGUUAUGGAGUGGAUUUGUGCAAAGGCGAUGAAGGAACGGCGUUGGUGUGCGAUGGCAAACUUUCGGGAAUUGUCUCACGUGGCGGUUGUUCCAAUAUGCUAUCAUUAUUUACUAAUAUUGUAGUGCCUAGCAUUCGCAGUUUUAUUCGCGACCAAACUGGUAUCUAAUGAAAUUGAUCUGUAUCGAAAAUUGUAAUAAAUAAAUA